CGCUCCCCAGCACGCCCCCCCUCAAAAGUGCAAAUCAAUCAAUUAAAAUAGUACGACAACGUGCUGCAGUGCGUGGUGGUAAUUAAUCCAAUCCAGUUUCUCUUUCGGUGCAAAAUUCGCGCUCGCAAUCUCCAUUGUUUAUUAAUUUUCAGUGCAUAGUUUCCGGCGGUAGUUUUCCGUUAUUUCCGUGCUUCCGUUUCGUGGCCAAUUAGUAGCGGAUAAAGUUUAAGUCAAGUCCAGCAAGACCAUUGAGACAAGGAUUUCCCGGCCCAAAUAUGACGCACUGGGAGGACUUCUACAACACGCACCUGCCGCCUGCGGACUUUGAGGAUAAUCGCUCGUUGCUCAAGGAGUUCUGUGAGCGCCACAACAAGCUCCAAAACCGCAUUGUCCUUGUCACGUCCGGCGGCACUACAGUUCCUUUGGAACACAACACCGUCCGGUUUGUGGACAACUUUAGUGCCGGAACUCGCGGCUCUGCGUCGGCGGAAUACUUUCUCGAUAAUGAUUACGCCGUGAUCUUCAUGCAUCGCCACAAGUCGCUGGAGCCCUUCACACGCCACUUCACCGGCCAGCAGUUCUUCGACAUGCUGGACAUUGCCGAUAACAGCCAGAGCUCGACGAUAGCCAUCAAGGCGGACUCGGUGGACGUGUUUGCUCCGGUGUUGGCCAAGUACAAGAUUGCCCGCGAGACGCAGAUGAUCCUGUACGUGAACUUCACCAGCGUGGUCGACUACAUGUGGCUGCUGCGCGCCGCCUGCGAGUGCCUGGCGGCUUUCGAGGAGCGAGCGGUGCUCUACCUGGCUGCUGCCGUAUCCGAUUUCUACAUACCCGAGGACAUGAUGCCCACCCACAAAAUGCAAUCGGGAGACGGGGCGCCAACGAUUUCGCUGCAGCUGGUGCCAAAAAUGCUGGCCCCCCUCGCCAGUUUGUGGGUGCCGCACGCCUUUGUGGUGUCCUUUAAGCUGGAAACGGACGAGAGCCUAUUGAUUGUGAAGGCACGUGACAGUCUCAACAAAUACAAGCACAAGCUGGUCAUUGCCAAUGUGCUGCAAACACGCAAGCAUCGCGUGGUGUUCGUCACGCCCACAGAUUCCUACGAGCUGCAUUUGACCCGCGAGCAGACGUUGCAGGGUCUCGAGAUUGAGGAGCCUAUAGUGGCCGAUGUGGUGCAAAAGCACGGCGAGUAUAUCAGCAACGCCCAACAGCGCCAAUGACCGUUGUCGAUGCGCCGCCGGCAUCCGCAACAGCCGCCGCAGCAACAUCUGGCGCAGCAACACCACUACCACCAUCAGCAACAACAACAGCCACACAGAGUGGAUGCCGGCGACGACGAGGAGGAUGAGGACGAUGGGGAUCAGGAUCCUUAUGGCGUGACCAGCUCACAUUAUUGUCGCGUGCUCAAUCCCGGCACGCCAAGUUUCGGCCGCAAAUAUUGAGCAGGUUGUAGUCCAUACGGCACUGUUUAUACACGGAGUUGGAGAAUGGUGGAAGGCAUUUUGGAUUUGCAUAUUCCUCAUUCCUGUUUCGGAAGUUGAGUUCCCGCCGCAAUUGGUGUAUCUAUUUAUGGUCACGCCUCGUGAUUGAUGUGGCCCCGCUUCGUUUAGUCUGUUAUUGUUAGUUUCGCAUUAGUUAAUGUAUUUCAUUAAUACGAUUGUCAUGAAAAAUGAUGUCACGUGUAUGUA